AUGCCGAUUCGUCCAUUCGAUGAGUGGACUGUGGGCCGCGCCCAAUCCCUCCCCUUCUCCGCCUUGAAAGGGGCGGUCGUCGGUAUCGAUGCGUCGCACUACAUCACCCAGCAUUUGACCAACCAGUCGACGCGCGAGGCCCUGCUGGGCGCCCUUGGCGGAUUCCCGUUCGCCCUUAGAGGAAACAUCGAGAAGGAGCUUCAGGCCUUUAAGAACCUCGGCGUCGCCUGUAUUUUCGUCUUCAAUGGUCUGGAAUUCGGCAAAAAGGACUACACCACUCACACCCAGCCUGGAUUGGUGCGCCCCUUCGAGCAGGCCUGGGACCUUUACGACCAACAGCAGGCCGACCAAGUCGUCGAUGCCUUCAGCAAUGCUGGUAUGCUUGCCUGCUACCCGCCCCUCCCGGACAGGCCCACCUCUCUGCCUACCCUUUAUCCAUAUCUGUUCCGCUGGCACCCCGUCCCAAGCGCCGCUGACAAUAUUGACCCCUCAGGAACCCCACCCCCGGAGACCCUCUACAAGUUCCUUCAGCGAAUCUUGAACCAGAACGGUGUUGCCUUUAUCGUGGCGCCGUACAGUGCCGCGGCUCAGCUCUCAUAUCUUGCAGGUGGCCCUACUCCUGUCGUCGAUGCCGUUUACGGACCGUCCGAAACCCUUCUGUUUGACCUGGAGAAGCUGGUCACCCGAAUCGACAUCAACGCCGAGCCCGCCCAAUUCUUUUGGCUCACGAAACAGACUUGCCAGGAGGAGCUGGGCCGACUGUCCAAUGAUCAAUUCCUCGACUUCUGCUUGCUCCUGGGUUCUCCUUUCCUGCGUUCGUCUCCGCUUUUCGAGAACCCCGCGUUCCCCGGCAAGAGCCCAAACGUUCGCGAUGCCUUACCGAUGUUCAAUGCGGCCGGUCGCAGUGCUCUCGCCAUGUGUGCUCAGUUCGAAGAUGACCGCCGCAUGCAGGAGAUUCAGUACACGGAUAGCUACAAGCGGGCGUUCAUGAUUGUGAAACAUCACGUCUACAUGGAUGUGGACGGCCGAGUUGCCCCGAUGAACCCGGAAAGUAUUUCGUCGGACAUGCAUGAGCUCAUCGGUCAACGGUUGCCUGAGGAGUUGUACUUCUACCUCUCUAAGGGGGUUCUCGGUGCUGAUAUCCCGAACUAUCUCACCUCGGGCGAAGUGCGCCUCUCGCUUCCGUUGGGCACGGAAGACACCGAGAUCUAUCGCCAGCUGGUGACUAACACGCUUGACCCGGUCCGGACGCAGUCCAUUAGUCUUCUGGCCAACGCGCUUCACCGAUUCUACCAGACCAAAGUGAUUCGCGUGCGCCCAUGGUACGAUCAAAACUCAGACCGGUCGAUUAAUCUUAGAGGCAUCCCGUCAGUUAAAGACAUCACUCAACCAUGGAGGCUCCACGGCGAGAAGCUCCCUGAAAGCGUGAAGAAGCUGCAGGCGCCACGAGGCUCUCUCAAGUUUGCUAUCCAGAGCCUCACCGACUCGGACUUUGUGUCCAAGUCGUUUGCUGCUAAAGAAACCCCAGCUUUAUCGUCCCAAGAAGAUAUCCUAUCUAAUGUUAUGUGGCGGUUCCUACAACUGCGUGGUUAUAUCGAUGAGAAGCACAGAUUGACCGUGUGGGGCAAGUGUCUCGAGCAAGCGCUCUCGGUUUUGAACCCUGCAGACAAUCUAGAGGACGCAGUUUUCAUUGCUAUCGAGAUGCUCCGCUGGGACUUACUAAACACCAAGACUUGGUUUGCACACGUAUCUGGCAGUCCCAUGAGAGGCUCAGAGGAUGACAAAAAGUUCAACAUGCUGGUUUCGCGGGUCGCAUGUAUUGCCAAGCUGCAGCACAAGAGCAUCGGAUACUCUGGUCCUCUAAGCCGACAGCUUCUUUGCUACCGCUCAUUGAUCUCCGAAGUGCGCUCGGCUCUGAGGAAUCUAAUCGAGGUGGUCCUUACCAGUCUACUUUUGAGCGGCGAUGCCGACCGGGAUCGGAACGACUGGACUGAGAUGGGUGUCAAGCUGCCCUUUAUUGACGAUAAUGACUGCGGACUCGGCAUUGCCGUCCGCACUUACCUGGACGACCUUCCUCUGCAAGCAAACCCGACCUCUCCCGAGGCUCGAACAGAGGUCAAGGCGAAGGGUAAGGAGUGGUUCCAGCACAGCGAGAGCUUCACAGGCAACCUGGACCAGGCGUUUAAGCUCUGGGAUGCGGUAUACAAGAGCACUCAAAAUGCAGGCCAGGAGUUCAAGGAGGCUAAGCUUUGGGAGGAUGCUAACAAGUGGUUGUUGGAGAGACGGUGA